AUGCCAAGAGAGUUACACAGAGGCAGAAUCACGCAGGGAAACGGGAGAACAGUCAAGUCAAGCCUCGCCAAGCGACAGCAACACGAGGGAGGCCGCCCAACAGCCAAGAAGCCAUUCCGGGCAAUUGUCGGGAUAAGAUGCUGGCUUACUCGUAGCGUUCAUCCACUGGCGAGGGUCAGCGCGAUGGUCCUGACUCCCAAUUUCCCAGCGAAAGAACCAGUCGAGGACGACCCGGGGUAUUACCCCGGAAAUAGUAUACGGGAGCCGUUAGCUUCGCUGGUAGUGGCCUCCUUUGACCAAAGAGACGCAUUCGGAAGUGGGUCCUACUGCAACCCCAAAUGUCCCGUUGCGUUACCCUACGGGGGAUUGGUUGGGGAUCUGGGGAAAUCUGGGAACAAUCAACGGCAUGGCGAACAAAAGAGGAACCGGCCAGAUCCACGUGGCGGCGUCACCCCUCACGUGCCUGAGCUUAGCGUGGUUGUCAACGUGUCGCACUGUGGCUUCGGGGUUAUGAACACGAUUCCUGCUCCAGAUCUCGCAAUUGAGAAGGAGUUGACUGUGCAAAUGACCCUUGACCGGGGUCAUAUCCUAGUUCGACGUUGUUUAGGCCCCCAGACGCCACUGUAG